GUGUCUCCUGGAAAUUAAAGCCAGUCCUAAAGUGCGAGCUUUCGUCGGUGAACGAGCGUCGCUGAAAUGCUCCUUCAAAUCCAGCUCUCCCAUCAGCGACAGCCUGACAGUGGACUGGACGUACCGGCCCCUCACAGGUGGCCAGAUGGAGUCCGUUUUUCAUUACCAGUCUGUCCCAUACCCAACGGCAGUGGGAAAGUUCAAAGACAGGAUAUCCUGGCUCGGGAGCGUUGCCAGGGGCGAUGCUUCCAUUGCUAUCGAAAGCCCAGAGCUGAGCGACAACGGGACGUUCAUCUGCAGCGUGAAGAACCCUCCGGACGUGUACCAUAACAUUCCCCAGACGGUGCUGGUCGUUACGGAGAGGGGCCUGUCCUUCCAGCUGACUUCAGCCACGCUGCUGUCCAUUCUGGUGUUCCUCCCUUCCGUCCUUGUGGUGGUUCUGCUGUUGGUGAGGAUGGGAAGGAAAUUUGGAGCGCUCAAGAAGGAAAAAAAAUCGGGCUGUAAGAAGUCGUCCAUUGAAGUGCCCGAGCAUACGGAGACAGGCAGCUGCCUGGGGAAACUCAAGGGCUGGUGUCUGAACUGUGUGGACACGGAUGAGGAAGACCCGUACUGA